CUCUGUCAGUAAAACAUAAUUAUUUUUUUCCAACUGCGGCGUGUGCAGUUUUUUUUUUUUUUUGUUAAUUGGUGUGUUUAUGGAGUCCUGGUGGUUGUGAGGAGCGAGGCUGUCUGUCAUUCAAGGCCUAAAAAGGAGGCACCAGGACGAGGUACUAUGGCCGCUCUGCCAAGCCGGUGUUGACGUCUCUGUCUGGGCUACAGAGCCUAGCAAGGCCCCGUCAGGUCAAUGCAGCUCAUCCUCGUUGUUUCGACUCUCAACGUGCUGUUAGCGUCAGCCGUGUUCCGUGUCGCUUCAUGAGAGGUCACCUAAAGGACAGCAACCCCACUUCCCCGUCCCCUUACAAAAAAAAAGCCUCAGCAAACUGGCUUACACUUCCCAGAAUGCACCCCUCCAACCGACUGACCUUGGGGUCGGCAGCUGUCAAUCACAGCCUCAGCUGGCUCUGCUGCUUCAAGAUAUGAAGUGGAGGAUGUGAGGGAGGCCUAUGAGAGAAUCCCCAGCCCUGCGUAUGGGAUCAUCUCUGUGCAUUCAUGGCGGCAUAUAUACACCGAUGGACUCCAAAUUGAAUCAAAUGGGGCUUAUGAGGUCUCUCAGCCCAAAUGGACCUUUUGUUUACACACUUGUCCAUCAGCUGAGCGGUGGCGUGCGGCCUCAGGUAUCCGGCGAGAUGGUGAGAUGUCUCCAAAAAACAACCGUACCGCAUCCCAGCUUGGGCGGCAGGAGGACGCCACCAACCUCCCCACCGCCUCUGGAGCACAGCGGAUCCUUCCUGCCGUGCAAUGAGCUGCACAAAUCCACGCACCUCAUUCCCCUUUCCAACCGCCUGAGUGGGCGCUCAGAUGUGUAUGCCGCAGCAGCCGUGGGGAGCUUUGGGGAGGUCGACUUUACUCACGACGCGGCCCCGCCAACCCGUCCGGAGUCACCGGUCAAACACAGCAAAUUCUUGGAGAGUUUGAACCAGGACCACAAGGCCAAUAUAGUUACUGGGAAGUCACCCUUCUAUGAGGUCACCUCAGAACUCAGAGAAAAAGGAGCGCUAAAAAGGCUGGGCUACCCUGGCAUGGGCACCGACUGCUGCGGGAAGUUGAAAGAGGCGGGCGGAGGCUUACAGAGUGACUCCAUCGCAGACUCCAUCGACCUCUCGGGCAAAAACAAGAAGCGGCGCAAUCGCACCACCUUUAGCACCUUCCAGCUGGAGGAGCUGGAGAAAGUCUUCCAGAAGACGCACUACCCUGACGUUUACGCUCGCGAGCAAUUGGCCCUGAGGACCGAGCUCACAGAGGCCCGAGUCCAGGUUUGGUUUCAGAAUCGCAGAGCCAAGUGGAGAAAACGGGAACGCUAUGGAAAGAUCCAGGAGGUCCGCAACCACUUCACUACAGCAUAUGAUAUUUCUCUUCUCCCUCGCCAUGACACCUACCAGAUGCAGGGCAAUCUGUGGACGGGGACUUCAGGAGGAGGCGGUGGUUCAGCUGCUGGUUGUGUCAUCGGACCCGAGUCCCUACCCUCAUCCUGUAUGGGUCCAUACCCCCACCCUCACAGCAAUCUGCAGAGUUUCAUGGGCAUUCCCACAUCCCCCAGCCAUCACCAUCACCACCACCACCAUCACCCGUCGCACCAUCCAGGCAUCAACGGCCUCUACUCUCUACACGGCUUCCCCGGAGCUCUCGGGUCUCCAUCCAUCGAAGGUCCAGAGACCGAUUACAAGCCAACAGGUCUGAUGGCGCUGCGUAUGAAAGCCAAGGAUCCUGGCAGCAUUCUCUCCUGGCCUACAUGACGACGACACUGCCAGCUCUCCCGCAUACACUGACUGAGCCAAAGCAUAUUAAUCCCUGACCUGUACAGAGUCCCAGAUGGACACUCCUCUCAGCGUACAAUUUUCUCUUUAACAUUUCUCCCAGCCAACUUGGAGGCUUUUCAAAACUAUGAAUGUUGAAAUGCAUGAAUCCAAAGCGCAGCGUGAGACCAAAAAAAUAUAUAACAUCUUCUCGGGACGUUUCCUGUUUCCAGUUGUAGGUUGAUAUCACAUUUGCGGAGACCAAAGGAAAUGUUAGCAAACCCUGUAAUUAUUAUUCUAAUAAUCAUUGUUCGAUGUUUGUUGUGUAUUAUAGUGUGACCAGUA